GUAGGACCGUAGGCACGUACGCGUGUGUGAAUAGGGCUUUAGGUAUACACAUGUGCUUGUGAUUAGACCAUAAGGAGGCUAAGUAACUAGACCUUAAGACUAGUUGUAUUUUAGCGAGUAAGACCCGUUGUUUGUAAAAUGCUAUGCGCCAUUUUCAAGAACAAUAAAGAAGACAUUCGAUUUUGGACACCGAGACCGACGGCCGCGUUGUAUUUAGUUAUUUUGCCACCUGAUAUAUAUUUCAUCAGAAGUGGUCUUAGAACCAAAUUUAAGUAAAAGUUAGUUUUCGAAUAUCAAAGUAGCGCGGAAAGCAAAUAAUUUUACGAUGAAUCGCGAAGCUGUGAACGCGGAAAAAUACUCGCUAUUGCAAUUAAAAACUUGGUGCACGGCCGUGGGCAUCAAUGCGAGCGGCGCAAAGGCGUCGUUAGCGGCUAGGCUGAGCGAGCUUUCCGCCGAAGCUCGAGGAUUGUGCCCAGGCAAUGACAAAGCGGGUGAGCAACGGUAUGACGCAAAGACCACCGAGCAAUGUAUUCAAGGCGAAGACGACGGUGAAGACAACGGCGAGAGCAACGGAGAGGACAACGUGGAGGACAACGUAGACGACAACGACGAGGACGAUAGCAACUUGAACGGCAACGGUGUGAGCAACGGCAGAAGCAACGACGAGAACAACGGCAGAGUAUUGAGGAGCAAAAAUGCACAACGGCGCGGUAAUGUAAUGGUGAUCGAUAACGACGACCCUGUAUAUGUGCAAAGCGGUGUAGCGUACGUCCGUAACGGCGCUUUCGGAAGUCGUCCAGUUAGAGACGCCGAAGAAAAUAGCGGCACAAGUAACCGUACAGCAGGGCAGUUAACCGCUAUUCGUGACGACGGCGACGCCGAAGCAGCGGCCCGGAAAAUUGAACUGCUUGAGAAGGAAAUAAAACUGCUUAAACUUCAGCAGGCACAGUGGGAGCAGAACAGGCCAAUGGCGAGCAGGACUAAAGCAGAAGACGGCAUCCCAUUUGAGACAUUAAAAGAGGUUAUACCAACCUACGAUGGCGGCGAUGGUUUUAGUGCGUGGUAUAACCAGGUGAUGCACUAUCGCGAAAUUUUUAAAGCCAACGAUGCGAUGCUGUGUGUAGCCGUACACUUAAAUUUAAAGGGCGCCGCUUUAGCGUGGUAUAACGCGAAAUCAACGUUCCAUAAGAGCGCAGACGAGCUGCUACGUGAUAUGAAGACAGUUUUUGCAUCAAACGAGAGAAAACUCGAACGCCGGCGUAAGUUCGAAAAGCGGAUGUGGGUGCCUGAAGAAAGCUUCAUCAGCUACUAUAAUGACAAAUGCACAUUGAGCAGCGACUUGAGCCUUAGCGAUGAAGAGUUCGCCGACUACCUCAUCGAAGGAAUACCAGACCGGCAACUACGUACACAAGCAAGGCUACACAGUUUUGCGUCGGCAAACGAAGUCGUCAGGGCGUUCAGAUCAGUCACGUUGCCAGAACGUCCGGCAGCAAAACCACGCUCCGAUGAACGCUUCAGAUGCUACAAUUGCAACUGUUCCGGCCACUAUGCCAAAGAUUGCAGAAAGCCUAAGCGGGAUGCCGGAUCGUGCUACGCAUGUGGAGAGAAGGGUCACUACGCAACAGACUGCAAGCAGUACAAGAGGGAGAAGAAUACUUUCAAUGUCUAGUUGAUUCAGGCAGCCCAGUUAGCUUAAUAAAAGAAGUUGUGGUACCGUCAGGAGUGAAUUUGGAUGAAGUAAAUGAUUCGUAC